AUGUUAGCCCCUGUAUUUACAUUGAAUUUAAGCCAGAAGAUAUUGCCACAUCGCGUCACUAUUGGAAAAUAUGAUGGUGUUCAUCCUUGUAUAACUGCUGCAACUGCUUCAGAUAAAAUUUUUGUCCAUAGUCCACAUAGAAAUAGUUUGAGGAAAGGUGGUCGAUGGGCUAAUGCUGAAUUAACUGGAGAUUUAAGCCUUUUGAACAUCAAUCAGUCAAUAACAUGUGUUGCAGCUGGGGCCAUGAAAACAGAUUCUAAAUGUGAUAUAUUAGUUGUAGGAACUGCAACCAAUCUUCUAGCAUAUGACGUUGAAAACAACACAGAUUUAUUUUAUAAAGAUGUUCAUGAUGGUGCUAAUUGUGUGUUAAUUGGUCAUCUUGGAGCAAGAGAUAAACCGCUAGCUAUCGUAGGAGGAAAUUGCUCCCUGCAAGGGUUUGACUGUGAAGGAAAUGAUGCCUAUUGGACGGUGACUGGAGACAAUGUUAGUUCAAUCACAUUGUGUGACUUUAAUCAUGACUCCUUCAAUGAGCUGAUUGUAGGAUCUGAAGAUUUUGACAUUCGUGUUUUCCGAAAUGAUGUCAUAAUUGCAGAGAUGACAGAAACUGAAUCAGUUACUGGUUUGUGUAAAGUAAUGGGUCAACAUUUUGGCUAUGCUCUGGCUAAUGGCACAGUAGGAGUUUACAAAGGCCUGGAACGAUCAUGGAGGAUCAAGUCGAAGAAUCAAGCAAUAUGCCUGAACAGUUUUGAUAUUGAUGGAGAUGGGGUACCGGAAAUUAUAACAGGCUGGAGUAAUGGAAAGAUAGAUGCUCGGAAUGUUCAAACUGGAGAAGUAGUGUUUAAGGAUAAUUUAUCACACUGCAUUGCUGGCAUUGUCAAGGGAGAUUAUCGCUUAUCUGGGAAGGAAGAGUUGAUUUUUUGUGCAACAGAUGGUGAAAUUCGGGGCUACGAAGCGACUACCGCUGAAAUGAGGCAUCACAUGAUGGACUCUAACUUCGAGCAGGAAACAAUUCGGGACUUGGCUCAGAAAAAGCAGGCUCUGCUUUUGGAACUGAGAAAUUAUGAAGAGAACUCAAGGAUUGGCAGCGGUAGUUUGAAAACAACUGGCAGAGCAAGUCAAAACCAUGACGAGUAUGGAAUUAUUCCAGCCACAACUCAGCUGAAGACUGGUUUGUCCAUCAAUCUUGGAUCAGAAAAAAUUGGACCUCAUAUAGAAGUCAGUUUAGAAACUACCAACAACACUAUUAUUCGUGCUGUCCUAAUUUUUGCUGAAGGCAUAUUUGAUGGUGAAUCCCAUGUUAUCCACCCAAAGGAGAAUCAACUCUCAACAUCUAUUCAUAUUCCACUUUGGCCACCGAAAGAUCUUCCAAUAGAUUUACAUAUCAAGGCUUUAAUAGGGUAUAAAGGAAGUGUUCAUUUCCAUGUGUUUGAGUUAACAAGACAGUUGCCUCGCUUUUCAAUGUAUAGCCUUAAUACUGAGCAACAAAAUAAUGAUGAAGAGCCAGAGAGUUACGUAAAAUUCUUCCUCAACGAUAGAGUUCAAAGGGUUUUGUCUUGGGUGAACAAUAAUUUUCUCUUAAUACAAGAUUUAGAAUACGUUAAUCAAAUGAAUUUAAGAUUCACCUGUUUGCGAUCACAACAGCCUCUGACUAUUACUAUGGACUCUUCAUCAGAAGUUUUUAUUAAAACAGACGAUAUGGAAUUGGCUGGUGAGCUUAUUCAAUCCCUUGCACAAACACUCACAUUGGAAGACUUGUCAGUUACUGCACAUUUUCCACAAGAAAUGGAUAACCUUAGCAAUUUGUUAACAAAGGUUAAUGAUUACCAGUCAGUUCGCCAGCAGCUAUCUGCUGACAUGGCAGAUCAUUCCGGGUUGAUUCGGAAUCUAGUUGUGAGAGCUGAAGAUGCAAGACUCAUGAGAGAUUAUGCGUCUAUGAGGAAGUGGCACCAAGAUUUGCAUGCUUUGAAUAGUGAACUGAUCAAUAAUUACAAAAUUAGAUCAAACAAUCAUGAAGAGCUGAUGAAUUGCUUAAAGCAAGUGAACCAGAUAAUUCAAAGAGCUGGGCGUUUACGAGUCGGAAGGCCUAAAACUCAAGUUAUCAACUCUUGCCGAUCUGCAAUCAAAAGCAAUGAUGUUGCCGCCUUAAUAAAAGUGAUAAGAACUGGAGAACAAUGACUAUGUUAGCACAUAUAUUAGUUAUAACUGGAAUGAGUUUCGUGUUGUAUGAAAAUCAUUGCAUAUGAUCUAGUCAGUGAAAUCUAAGUCAAAAGAUGGUACAUGAUGGAUAUUGAAGGACACUUUAUUUGUUCACUCUGGAACAUAAUGCAAGGUUUUGUUAUAUAGUGAUCAAGAAUCUUGCAUGAAAAAUCAAUUAAAACUUAUAUGGAAGGGGUGGGGGGGGGGGGGCACACACACAACUAACAUGGGUUUUGGAACAACUAUGUCACAACAGUGUGGCAAGAAUUUUAUUAAUUAAUAUUUGAAUUUUAUCAAAUCAAAUUUAGUCUUUUUUAUUGUAAAAAUCUCAAAAGGAAUUCCAACCAUUAAACAAAAACCUCAGUGGAUAAUUUUUAAAUUAAUUUUCAUGUUUUUGUGUUAGGUUUUUAAAAAAAUAAUAAUAUUAAUAGUAUAAUAAUAAAUUAAUGUAAUAAUAUGAACAAAUUGAAAACAUCAAAUUGAAUGUUGAAAAUUGUUGAAUCAAAGCAAUUAGUGUGUUUUCAAACCUGUUGCUUUAUAUUACUUUUGAAAUCUAAAAUGUGUACACUAUAAAAUUUGAUGAUAGAAUCAUUUUGAAUGAUUGUGUUACACUGCAGUGAAAAAAUAAAGGGCAGUAUCCGCAAACUUUUCGUUUUUCAUUUUGUCAUCUAUUGUACUUUAGCUUAAUUGUGCAAGCUUGCCUAUUUGGUUUUUGCUGAAAAUAAAAUACAAAAACAAAGUCAUCAUCAUUUCACUAUUGUUAGUGAGGAAUCCAAAAUGCAUUUCUUCAAACAUCUCAAAAACUCAUUUCUGCAGAUACUGCUCUUUAACUUUCCAUGACAGUACAAACCAAUGAAACAUUAAAAAAUAUCCUAUUAUUCCUUUAAGAUCAAUCAAAAUAUUGUCAAUACUGCCAUGCUUGGGUAAAAAACAAACCAUUCUGAAAACAAAAUGGAAAUCCUGAAAGUAGUAGAAAGAACCUAUGGAGUUUUUCUGAAAGCAAUAGCAUCUAUCUGUCUUUACUAACUGAACAAAUCAUUACAAGUACUCAAGUUUCCCCAAGAGAGAGUGUUUUAGUCGAUUGAAUAAUUCCGUCCUAAUUGAACUGUGUAUGUCUUUCAUACCAACUGAAAUAUGCCAGAGAUUUGGAUUGUACAAACGUACUACAUAACACAAGGAGAAACAUAGGCCUGCAUUUUGGGAGACCAUGUGAUUACACUAUACUGACUUCCUCAUUAUAUUUUCUGUAUUAACUUCUGUUUUAAGUCUUGUACAUUAAGUUUUUAGUUUAUGAUUUAAAAGUUCAGAACUGGUGAUGAAAUUCAUAUUUCUAUGCUUCAGACAUUCUGUAACAAAUAUAUUUACUGAGUAAGCCAAUUACCAUUCUUUAAUAAAAUAUCUACAAACAGAAAAA